AUGGAUGGUGAUGAUGUGCCAAAGUCCAAGAUGGAGUUUAAUUCGUUAGAAGAUUUAAUGAGUUAUUAUAAGGAAUAUGGUAAGAAAUGUGGGUUUGGGGUGAUGACAAAGAGGAGUGAGAGGGGAGAGGAUGGGACUGUUAGAUAUGUCACACUUGCCUGUGCCCGUGGUGGGAAGGCUCAGAAUCGGAUUUUGAACGUUGCCAACCCUCGUCCGACAGGAAAGACAGAAUGUAAGGCAAAGAUUAAUGCCUCAAAAACUGCUGACGGAAAGUUUCGGCUGAAUACAGUUCACAAUAUCCAUAAUCACAACCUGAGCCCAAAGAAAUCACGCUUCUUUCGAUGUAAUCGAGAAGUAAGUGAAACUGUAAAAAGAGUCCUUGAUACAAAUGAUAUGGCUGGGAUUCGUAUGAAUAAGAGUUUCGGAUCGCUUGUUGUUGGUGCGGGUGGAUUUGAGAACCUCCCAUUUUUGGAAAAGGAUUGCCGUAACUACAUCGACAAGGCACGACAUCUACGACUGGGCGCAGGUGGUGCUGGGGCGUUGCAAGACUACUUUUUAAUAAUGCAGUACAAAAAUCCGGGGUUCUUUGCAUUGAUGGACCUGGAUGAUGAUGGUAGGUUAAAGAAUGUAUUCUGGGCAGACCCCCGGAGUAGAGCUGCGUACCAAUAUUUCGGUGAUGUGGUCACAUUCGACACCACAUACCUGACGAACCGAUAUGGGAUGCCCUUUGCACCAUUUGUUGGUGUAAACCACCAUAGGCAAUCAAUUUUGUUGGGAGCUGGCUUGAUUUCCUCAGAGGAUACUGAGACCUUCGUGUGGUUAUUCCGGACCUGGUUGCAGUGUAUGGAUGGUAUAGCGCCGAAGGCUAUUAUCACUGAUCAAGACAGAGCGAUGAAAAAUGCCAUUUCAAUUGUUUUCCCCGAAAGCCGACAUCGAUUUUGCCUUUGGCAUAUACUUAAGAAAGUCCCUGAAAAGCUUGGAAGCUAUGGUUCCUACAAAUCUGGAUUGAAAACUACACUAAUGAAAUGUGUGUAUGACACCCAAACUCGGGAAGAGUUUGAGAAUUGUUGGGAUCGGUUCAUCACCACGUACAACUUGCAUGAGAAUGUGUGGUUGAAGAGUCUAUACACUGAGCGUGAGUACUGGACAAACCUGAAAGAGUUUGUCGAUCAAUAUGAUAAUGCCUUGAAAAAGAAAAUUGAGAACGAAAAUGUUGCGGACUUCCACUCAUUUAAUGUCACAAUUCCCUGCAUCUCUAGAUCUCCAAUUGAAAAGAGAUAUCAAGAUUUGUACACCAAUGGGAAGUUUAGGGAAGUUCAGCAACAACUUGCCCGCGUCAUCGACUUGGACCCAGUUUUACUCAAGGUGGACGGUACAGUAAAGACCUUUGUAGUAGAGGAUGAAGUUUGUCUCGAAGAGUUCACGAAGUUGGUUACACAUUCAGUCCAGUUUAGUCAGGAAGAUACAGGUGCUGCAAAGUGUUCUUGUGGUUUAUUUGAAAUGAGGGGGAUAGUGUGCCGGCACAUCUUCGCUGUUUUCAAAUGUAACGGGGUUAAAUCAUUGCCAGAUAGAUGA